UUUUAUGAAAAAUAUGUAAUUGAAAAUCAAAUUGAAAUUUUAAAUUAUCUUCUUUGUUGAGAACGAUUUGAAACUGUGAAUAGCUGUUAUUUUAAGUUACAAAUCUAUAAUUAAACUGAAUAAUUAAUGAAGGCCUGCAAGUUUAACAAUAACCAAUAAGCGCUACCAAUGGCUACAAAAAUUUUAAGACAUAUUUUGCGACUUCCGUCUUCUCGUUUUAUGUAUAGAAGAUGGGAAAGCUCAAACACAAAAGUGGCUGUGUAUGAUCCUUUUGCUAAUAAGCCAAAGAAAAAUAAAGAUACAUAUUUGGAAGCAAUCAAAAUGUUUGAAAAUCAGGACAACAGAAGAAGAGGACACGUCGAAUUUAUCUAUGCCGCCUUAGCUAGAAUGAAGGAAUUCGGUGUGCAUAAAGACUUACAAGCGUACAAAGCAUUAGUAGACGUACUGCCCAAAGGCAAAUUUAUACCGUCAAAUAUAUUUCAGGCUGAAUUCAUGCACUAUCCGAAGCAACAGCAGUGCGCUGUGGAUCUCCUUGAACAGAUGGAAGAUAAUAAAGUAAUGCCAGACAGUGAACUAGAGCAAAUGUUAUUAAACGUUUUUGGAAAAAGAGGCAUACCUCUUAGAAAAUUUUGGCGCAUGCUGUACUGGAUGCCUAAAUUCAAGAAUCUAAGUCCAUGGUAUUUACCAGAUGAAUUGCCGAAUGACACAUUGGAACUUGCCAAAAUGGCUAUUCAUCGGAUAACUUCCGUUGAUCCUACUAUGAAAAUUGAAAUUUGGCAGACAGAAGAAAUUGAAGCUUGCAUAGAUAAAACAUGGAUAGUAAGUGCCCAAAGUGAAACACAAAAGAUAUUACUCGCAGAGCAACCCCCUGAAGAGCCCCUUGUUGUAAGAGGACCUUACGAAGUGUAUUUAAAGGAGCAAGUUGUCACUUACUUUACAUUAUUGGGUAAAGUAAGACCAGAACAUAAAGAUGACUCUGACCAAGAUGAUGUAUCAAAUUUAAAGAAACCUUCCGGAAUACCUGGUUUUAUUGGUCAAACUACAUUACCCGUAGUUAAAUGUACUGUACAUGAGCAGGAUGAUGGUACAAUAGUAGCUGUAUGUGCUACAGGUUCAUCAUCACGAGAUUCUUUGUUAUCGUGGAUAAGAUUAUUAGAGAAAUAUGACAAUUCAGUUCUAUCAAAUCUACCAGUGAUUUUCACUCUUACUGCACCCAGCAAUGAUGUUGUAGUACAGGAAACACAGCCAACUGCAGAGGAUGUAAAAAGAGUGCAAAAUUAAAUUGAAUUUGUUUUGUUAUAAUAAUAAUAAUA